CACCGCCCAUGGUCCGCACCCGAGGAUGGCAGUGCCCAGAACACGGGGGUGGCAGUGGGACGGCAGUGCCCAGAACACGGGGGUGGCAGUGGGAUGGCAGUGCCCAGAACACGGGGGUGGCAGUGGGACGGCAGUGCCCAGAACACGAGGUUGGCAGUGCCCAGAACACGGGAGUGGCAGUGCCCAGAACACGGGGGUGGCAGUGGGACGGCAGUGCCCAGAACACGAGGUUGGCAGUGCCCAGAACACGGGGGUGGCAGUGGGGUGGCAGUGCCCAGAACACGAAGUUGGCAGUGCCCCGAACAACGGGGAUGGCAGUGGGACGGCAGUGCCCCGAAUAACGGGGAUGGCAGUGGGACGGCAGUGCCCCGAACACGGGGGUAGCAGUGGGGUGGCAGUGCUCUGCACACGGGGAUGACAGUGCCCAGAACACGGAGAUGGCAGUGCUCCACCUAUGCGGCUGGCAGUGCUCCGCGCACAGCGGGAUCUGUGACCCGCACACGGCGGUGGCCGUGUCCUGCACACGGGUGUGGGGCUCGCACUGUGCUGUAUCGCUCACCCCGCCCCUCUGCACAUACCGGCUGCUACCCCCUGUCUGCUGCACCCCCUCUGUCCCCAUCUAUUCCCUUGCACACACCAGAGCGUAACCCGUCCCCGGCGGUGCUGUACACCCCGAACCGUUCUGCACACCCUGAGGGGGUUUCCACCUCUGUUCUCCCUCUCCUAUGGGACGCUGACCCCACCCAUUCCAUCUUCCCUCUGAGUUGUGCCAGCCACGUCCCAUUUUCCCUAACCCCCUGGGGCGCUGUGUCCCCCCCAUGACCCUCUGCACAGACAGACAGCGUUGCUGUCCUGCCUGAAGUCCCCCUUCCCCCCUCCCACUGGGAUGCUGCCCCCCAUUCCUGCCCCCUCUAUCCCCCACCAUACAAACACUAGCAUGCCGCCUCACACAUUUUGGUGGACUCAAUGAUCUUGGAACUCUUUUCCAAUCUUAACAAUUCCAUGAGUUCCACCCUCCACCAUUUCCAUCUCUCUCAAGCUGGGGCCGUGCCCCGCUUCCCGCACUGCCCCCCAGUCCCGGGCAGCCUUCACUGUCUCUCGCACUCUGCCAAGAGCUGGCACUAACCCAAAGCUGCCGGUAACUUUCCAUUAUUCAGCCUGCAGUUCCGGUCCGCUGCGCUCUACAGAUCGAUGGGCUGCUGGCCGGCACGCCACGAUCACGGGGGUGGGCGGUGUCCCCCCUCCCUGCGACAAGGGUGGCCCUUCCGGAGGACACUGCGCCGUCCCCCGGGCAAAGCGGCACAGGGCAGUCCCUGUUGGCAGCUGGGGACCCCGUCCGACUGUCAUACGCUUGUCACAUGGUGUUAAAAACACAGCGGGAACGGCUUUUUAGGGUGGUUUGCGAGCAGGAUAUGAGACAGGGUGGUAAUGCAGGUGCUGCUGACAGGAGCCUUAUCUCUGGUCCACACCCGGGCACUGCUUAUCGGGGACCCCCAUGUGCCAUGGCAGGGGCCACUGCCCCUCGCUGCUGCUGCUGCUGCCACACUUCCCUGGGAGUGAAGGGUCUGUGUGGCUGUGAUGGGAGCAGGCACUGGUGAGAGCAGCAUGGGCACGGGAGCUGGGCGGGGGGAGGCAGGGCUGCACCAUCCCAGAAUGGGCCACAAACUUUGAGGGUUUUCUAGAAAAGCUUCAAAACACCCUGCUGCUUCCUGGCAGGAGGGUAGCUGGUUUGAAGGUGUGUGACCACGUGUUUCUCCCCUGGACAUGCAGCCAUGCUCCGGGUAGAGUUCAGCAUUCCUGUGGGGCUGAGUCAGCAGGACAGGUGCUGCCAGGCUGGCACUGCUGCCCUCCACGCCUGGCUAUGCCUGGACCUAUGGCUGUGGGUGACCAUAGAAGACUUUCAGACAGGCUCUGCCUGCACCUGUAUGCCCCCUGCUGAUGGGUGGCAGUGGUUUGUGUGUUGGCUGGACUGUACUGCUCCUCCCCUGCUGCAGAUUUGGGGUUUGCACAUGUGGUGCCUGGCUAGGUGAGUUUUGCCUGUGCCAUGUGGGCCAUUCACAUCCAAGAGAGUUCUCAAUGCAUCUCUGCCCAAGCCCCAGUGGGAUUUGCCUGGAUAUCAGGAAAGGGGUCUUCACCUAGAGGAUGGUGGGGCACUUAAAAAGCUCUCCAGGAGGUGGUCAUGGUCCCAAGACUGCCAGAGCAAAAGGAUUGUUUGGACAAUCAGCAUAGGGUAGGAUUGUUGUCCUCUGCAGGGCUAGGAGUGGAACUUGAUGUCCUCAUUUGUCCCUUCCACCUCAGGAUGUCCUGUAAUUCUAUGGACAGGUACCAAGUCCAGGGUGGCAUUGGAAGGGUUAUAUUGAAUGGUGUCCCUUGCCAACCAUCACUCUGGGUUCUCCCUGGCUCUGUUUGGGUUACAAUCCCAAAUUCUCAGUUCUUCUGCCAGGGCUGGUGCUGAGUUGGGCUGUGUGUGAUUGAGAGAGGUAGGCAGACCUGAGUUCAUGACUGCUGGACUCCGGUGCUGUGUCCUCCCUUUGGUGAAUGCUUUGGGAUUGUGCUGCUGCCAGCCAGGAAGCAGAGUUACAAACCACAGCAGCCAGUGGGUAUUUUGGCCUCUUGAUGCUGUCUUCUGUUGUUCUUCUGGAGCAAGCCCGACAUAAUGACAGGGAAAUGCCCUUUCCACUCCAGCAAUGGGCUAUGGCACCUCUCCCACAGCCUUUCCGGCUGGGAACAACAAUGCAAAGUGGGCAAGAAACAGCUUAUCCUGCCUGCUGCAGGCCCCUGCCUGCCCUGCUCAGUCUGGAAUCCAGGGCUCUGCCAGCUUGUCCUAGGAGGCCUCAGCCACGUGCUGAAGACUGCUGCCAGGUCAUGGUGACACAGCUGGAAAAUAAGUGUCCUGCAGGCAGCAAAGGGGGUUCAACGGGGGUUCAGCGUGGCUGCAGUUCUGGGUGGGGGGUGGAGAGGCUGCACUGGGUAGGGGUUUCUGGUACCUGUGGAGUGAAACAGCGAGCCCCCCCAUAGUGGAAGUGGUUGUAGCCUCCUGGCAGCCUUGGGGCCAUUGCUGGCCCACAGGUAUCCCAAGACUGCAGAUGGGUUAGGGUUGUGCUGACACAGGGGAGGGACCAUCCUGCCCCUAGCACUGUAAGAUGCUCUUCAGGCUCUGCUGUGUGGAGCAUGUACUUGGCUUCCUCUAGAAAUUGCUUGUGUGCAUAUCUAACACCUGUCCCAGUGUGGGAUCACUGUCUCCAGCCUGGCCAAUGCUGCUCCCAGAGCUGCCACCUCCCCUUGUUCUGUUCCAGGUGCUGCUGCCACCUGUGCUCUGUUAGCAUGUGCCUGCGAUCAUGGGGUAGCUUCUGUUUAGCUUGAAGCUCUCCAAGGCCGUCCUGUGGUGGUCCUGGGCUGGUGUGCACUGACAACGCCCACAUGGAGCAGGUUGAAGGUCUAUUCUGCCAAGAGCUUUGUUUUAUUCCUACCUGUGGAAUUUUAAGUACCACCCAUACCUCCAAAAUGGACUUCAUGUAACCACGAGUCUUUUCCUUGGAUGUAAUAAUUCAAGGACAGCUUCUCCCUGAUCCCUCAUAUCCUUUGCCAGACCCACUUGCUGCUGAGCGAAGCAAACAUGCUGUGCUGCUGGCACCCUCCGGGUAACCUCCAGGGCCAAAGAAAUUAUUUCUGACAGUGGGACCUUUGUGCUGCUCCUGAACUGGUUUACUUAUUCUGAUCCAAAACUUCCCAAAAGCCCCAUCUGCUGUGUCAGCUGGAUUAUCCUUCUCAGCCAUCCAGCAAGUCCUCAUAACCUACUUUAGGCAAAUGUGAGCUCCCAGGCCCUAAGCUCAGCCUUGAGGUUGUUCCUGUCUGGAUAUAGCCUGCCAGCAGCGUCUGGACAGCACCUGGAGAUGGGACCUGCUCUGGGAGACUUGUGGUUUGCAGAAGGGAUGGUCAGGUAUAAUCCGAGUUCAGUGGCACUUGGUGGGUGAGGGAAUGGCUUUACUGGCCAAGAUCAAUAUUGCGAAGCGAGCAGCUGAUGUCCAGGAUGAAGGUAUUUUUUCAGCUGGAAGGAGGUUUCUUUGUUUUACUUGAUGCAUAAGAACAAAGUGAGCACCAUGGCACUGCUUUGAAUGCCCCCCUAGAGUAUGAAGGAACAGCUGGUGCAGUCAUGCAGCAGAAAUGCUGCUGGGAAGGGUGUGUUUGUCUUCAGGAAUGUAAAACACUCUAAUACUCUAACUCCAAGGGUGCUGUUUGCUAUUUGAGCUGUAUACCUUCACUCCAGCCACUAAUCCCUGGUACCUUGGAUGAUGUGCCUUGGGCUCAGAGCUGUCCCUUGCAAAAAGGACCCAUGUCUCUGUGUGCCUUCAUGUCACAGCAGUAUUCAGCUGAAGCUGUCCCCUAUGCCAUGCCAACUGUUUCAAAGGGAGCUUCCACCUAGCAAGGGCUUUGCUGAUAAAUCCCAUUUCUGAGAGUAUGAUCUCUCCUCCUCCCUUUCUUCCACCCUCUUUCUGUACUUAGGGAUGGAAAGCUGCUUUCCCAGUCCUCAGGUGAGUAAAGUCAGGGAGCAGACCUGAUAUGGUGCUUGCUGCUUCCCAUGAGCUCCAGCUGCUCCUCCCCUGGCUCACACCAGGCUUCAUGGCACUUGGAGUGAUGUGGGACUGUUCCUGGUUCCAGGGGGCCAGAGAGAAUGCCUCGUUUCCAGUUGUUCAUGCUUCCAGCAGCCCCUAAUUCCUGUCACAGGGUUUCUAUAUGGGAGAACAUGUCCUGGGACCAUGCCAUGUGCCUCUCUGCUGUCUUCUCCAGGCCUGCUGGCUCCAGAUGGAUGGUUUUGCUGCUUCCCUCGCAGUGUGCUUCUUCCCCAUUGGGCACAGCCAGUUUGGGGAUGGGGAUGCCAAGACAGAAACCUCCUGGAGGAGAUGGCUCUGCUGCCACCCAGGCUGCUCUCCAGGGGCUGGCCCUGGGUCUGCAGCUGGCUUUAGGGUGUCAGUAAGAAGGCUUAGCUACUCAAGCUCAGGAAAGAUCUUGUUACUUGGCCAGCACCCCCAGGCUGUCAGAGCCCUGUUAUCUCCUUGGCAGAGAGUUUGGGCUGAAAAUGACACCGGAGAUCAGCUGGAGUUGAAAACAAGACAUUGUUUGUGAGUUGUUGGCUGAAGCCACGCCACAGAGGAGUGUGGGGCAGCAGGGCACCCUUGGCUUGAUGUGCUCAGGGUCUGGAGGAGCUCUGUGCUUUGCGGUCUGGCUGCUGGUGCCAUUAAGGUUAGGAGGCAGUGGGUUGAGGCUUGAUGUCACCACAGCAAGGAUCAUGAGCAGGAUGGAGAUGGAGCAUGCCAGCCCCAUCAGACUGACUUUGUCCUUGCCAUGGAGUGGGCUUUUGGAGAGCAACUCUGAACCCUGGGAUGAAGCAUUCUCACUGUGCUGCCUCAGGGUUCCCAGGUCUACCUUGGAUGGAUGGUGAAGCCCUGUUCCCUUCCACAGGUGGGUUUCAGGCAUCUGAACUGCCAGCUAGAUCCCAUCAGCAAUGGGAUGGCAAGGGAACAGCAGGGAAUAGCACCAGGAUGGCAUCACAGGAGCCUCAGAGCUGCCCUGUCCAUCAGCAUAGGGUUGCAGGGGGUUGCUGACCUGGCCCUUAUCUUUCCUGUUUUUCUUCUUAGCUCCCACACCUCUGCAGCCGAGAAGGAGAUGGGAGGAGCAGAAAAAAGGGAGAAGCGAUACCGAGCCCAUCAGGGUUUUGGGGAUCACCAUGGUGGAGUCGCUGGUGCCCACACCUAUUUCUACGCUGAUGAGGCCAAGUGUGACCAACACAUGGAGACUUUUCUCCACUGUAUUGAUGCCUUAAGUGGCAGUUCAGAUGACGGCUUCGCUGCCAUCAAGCUGACAGCACUGGCCAGACCCCAGUUCCUGGUGCAGUUCUCAGAGGUGCUGGUGAAGUGGCAAAGGCUCUUCCACCAAAUGGCUGCAGAGCAGGACCAGGCCGGGCGGGCAGUGCUGGACAUAAAGCUGGAGCUGGAGAAGCUGCAGGAGGCACUGGCCAGCUUCGGUAUCGCGAGCAAGGCAGAGAGCCAGCAGUGGUUCAUAGGCAAUAAACUGGGCACAAUCAGCACUGUGGAUCUGCUGGACUGGAACAGCCUGUUCGACAGCCGCACCAAGCUCUCCAGGCCUUUGCUCAUCCCCAACAGGAAGACUGGGCAGCUGGAGCCUCUGCUGUCACGCUUCAGCAAGGAGGAGGAGCUGCAGAUGAAGAGGGUGCUGCAACGCAUGGAUGUCCUUGCAAAAAGAGCCAUGGAGAAGGGCGUGAGGCUGAUGGUAGAUGCGGAGCAGAGCUACUUCCAGCCAGCCAUCAGCCACCUCACUGUGGAGAUGCAGCGCCGCUUCAACAAGAGCCGGCCCAUCAUCUACAGCACUUACCAGUGCUACCUGAAGGAAGCUUACAACAAUGUGACACGGGACAUGGAGCUGUCGCGCCGGGAGGGCUGGCUCUUUGGCACCAAGCUGGUGCGUGGCGCCUACAUGGAGCAGGAGAGGGAGAGGGCAGCUCAGAUGGGCUAUGAGGAUCCCAUCAACCCCACCUAUGAGAAGACCAACGAGAUGUACCACAGGUGCCUGGACUAUGUCCUGGAGGAGAUCAAGCAUAGCCGGAAAGCCUGCGUGAUGGUGGCAUCUCACAAUGAGGAAACGGUGAAGUUUACCCUGCGCAGGAUGAUGGAGUUGGGGAUCCAUCCCUCAGACAAGAAAGUGUGCUUCGGGCAGCUGCUGGGCAUGUGUGAUCAGAUCACCUUCCCCCUGGGCCAGGCUGGCUUCUCCGUGUACAAGUAUGUGCCCUAUGGGCCGGUGAACGAGGUACUGCCUUACCUGUCCCGCCGGGCCCAGGAGAACAGGGGCUUCAUGCAGCGGGCGAACCGCGAGCGGGACCUGCUCUGGAAAGAGGUCAAGAGGCGUCUCCUCACAGGAAACCUCUUCAGCCACUGAACCUAGCCCCAGCCCAGGGGCUCCUGUACCUUCACCCUGAACCACUGUCACCAUUCCCCAUCCCAGUUCUGCUGCAGCUCCCCCAGCCCUCUUUGCCCAGGGAGAGAAGUGUCCUUACUGCUGUUGAACCACUCACACCUUCCGGUAGCCUCUGGGAUUGCCCCAGCUGACAUUACCCAGGGAUGUCCCUCUGCCAUUCCAUGGCCUCUCGAGCUGCCUCCUGCCAGCCCACUCUGUGCCUUGAUGAACACUGUCCCGGCAUUUUUUUCCCUGGCAGGAUUGCACAGAGUGAUUUAUCCACUUGCCUUGUGCCCAUGGGCUCGGGUUCAGGUAGGCUGAAUGACUUGGGAACAAGCUGGCCUCAACCAGAAGCUUCUCCAGCCUCUGCCAGGGCUGGAGCUUUGCCUCCAUCAGACUUUUGAAGGGGCAGGAUCAGCCCCCGUUGCCUGUCCCAGACAGCUACCUGCCCACUCACUGGCUUUGUACUGACCAGAGCUGGGCAGGUCCAGGCUCUCCCCCAUCCCACUGGGAUUAGGUGCCUGGGGUUGUCCAUCCUCAGGCACACGUCCUAUGGAGCAGGAGGGGUGAGGGGAGUGGGCUGGCCCCAUCCCUGUACCAUUCCUCCCCACUGUCCUUCGUUCUAAUGAUGGACCAGGGGCAGUGGGAGCACCAGGAGCUGGACAACAGCUCCUUUCUGCUAUACACUGGAUUUGUAGAGAAUGGAAAUGAUUAAAUCACAACUGUUCCUGCUGUCA